AUGGCCGAGCACUGGCAACAGGCCCGGGAAACACGUGCGCGAAAUGAGGAAUACAUGCAAGGCUAUCCGCAUGGGACCUCGAGUGAUUCUGAUAUUACCUUGACUGAUCCUGAUAUGGUCUCGAGUGAUUUUGAUAUGUCUUUGAACGAUCCUGAUGAUACCAUGAGUGAUUGGAUCGUCAACUCUCCUGUCAAUGCCUCUUCUCCCAAUGCCUCUUCUUUCAAUGCCUCUUCUUUCAAUGCCUCUUCUUUCAAUGCCUCUUCGUUCAAUGCCUAUCCACUCAAUGCCUAUCCACUCAAUGCCUCUCCUCUCAAUGCCUCUCCUCUCAAUGCCUCCCCUGUCAAUGCGCCUAGUGCAAAUACAGACUCGGGUUUGGAUAUCUCCAAUGAUAUUUCCAUGGAUGGUGUUGAAGAUGUGUCUGGUGCGAAUCAAGAGCACCUGUCGGACGAUUCCAAUUCAGAUAUCGUCAUGGGGGAGUCCUCCGAUGAUGACCCCCAGCAUCAUCAUAUUGAAAAGGAAGAACUCCGUCGUCUCUGGUGUCUAUUUCGAUUGAGCUUCCGUAUCUUCAACUCGCUCAGUAUUCAGAUUGACAGUGCCGCGACCAACAAAACAGUGGCUGAGACAACCCCAUCUGGAAAGACUAUCGAGAGCGAGGACGAUUAUGAGAUGGUAGACGCAAACCUGUCUGGAGAUUUCGCCGAAAUAACCACGGAGACCCAGGAAGAUUAUGAGAUGGUGGACGCCAACGUGUCUGAAGGUUCACCCGAGUAA